UAGCACAACUGCACCAUGUCACUCACUUCUAUCUGUCUGCACGGACCAUCUGUGUUGGGUAACGCCCAUCGUCAGUGUCCAUGGGCAAGCAGGAGCGUCAGUUUAGAUGUUGCCCGAGGGUACGCACGAGCGCCCUGUCUAGCAAUUCACUACCAGGGAAGCAAACACAAGCACGGCGCAGCUUCUGUAGUGGAGGUCGCGGAGGUCGUCGGGCCUGCCAAUUCUGCUUCCGGUGCCGAGAAAGCACCCGAACGCUUCCUGGACGUGAAUGCCAUCCUUACAGAAUUCAACCCGUUGAGAGAGUCGCACUUGCUAGUGUGGGGUGACAGCGACGACGAAGACGACACAGUGCAAGCCGAGGUCCCAACCUCCAAUGCCUGGGAGGAUUCUGCUAGCGGCCCUCAAGGCUUGGAGAACGAACCGUCCUGGAUUGACUACCGGGCCGGUUCCGAGUCAGAUGACCCCAGCACCCCAGCCCUGUCUCCCGAGUCCGCGGCCCUGCUGCAAGGAGCGCGGCCGGGAGCCAGCCGGGCGCUAGCUGCCGUAAUGCCCCAAUUGGAUGACGAUGACGAGGAGGAGCAGGGCGAGGCUGCGGGUCGGGGGCAGCUGCCCGCUGGCGCCAUUCCCAACGCCUACUCACCCGAGGCUGGCUUCCAGGAGAUCUCCCCCACCGAGCUAGCUGAGCGACUAGCCACCGGCCAGAUCUCCCUGCUCCUCGACGUGCGCAGCCGCGAGGAGGUGGCGGCGGGCGGCAUGAUCGGCGGCGCACUCAACCUGCCACUCGACCCGGACCUGUCGGCGGCGGUGCGGGCGGGCAGCCUGGAAGCAUUCCGCGAGCGGCCGGUGGCGGUGGUGUGCGCCUCGGGAAUGAGGUCGGGACAGGCGACGGUGCGGCUGACAAAGGUGUUUGGGUUCAGCAACGUGACGAACAUGGCGGGCGG